AUGAGCGACGAUGAACAAAAUGUUUCGAACGAAGAAGAGAAGAAUGAAACUAAUCAAGAAAAUACGGAAACUGAGACUGAUCCAGUUCCCGCCACAGAAGCCGAUGACUCGAGUGAAAAAGAAAAAGAUUCGAAACCGGAUCUGAAUUUAGAAAAAUCAAUAGCAAAAGUCAAAGCAAAAUGCGAAAAAUACGCAGAACUCGCCUGUCCGCCAGAAUCAGAAAAACCUCAAUCCGAUAAAUUAAAUCGUAUAUGGCAUGGAAGAGAUGCUUCUUCUGACAUACUUCCCUAUAUGGUGUAUAUCGUGGUUGAAUAUAAUGUAACCAACACUAACAAAACAAAUCGAAACGAAUGCACCGGUACUCUAAUAAGUGAACGGUUUGUGCUUACCGCAGCUCACUGCUUUAAGGGACGCGACGACCCAACGAGUUACGUAUUUAUGUACAUGGCAGAACAGCUCAAACUCGAUUUGAAUAAAAACAGACCUGAAUUCGCUUCUAAAGAAAUCUAUAUUCAUAAAAACUAUGGUACAGGUAAUAUAGAGGCAGACAUUGCUCUGAUGAAAACGUUAGUGAAAGUGUCUCUCAGCGCAUAUGUCAGACCAAUAUGCUUGAACACGAAACUCGAAAACACUGCGGGUGAUUUUAUUUCAGCGGGAUACGGCCUAAUUGAAGGCCACAAGAAUACGGACCGACUCAAAAUGGUGGAGAUAAGAAUGGAUGGAGAAGUGCAAAAGAAGUGUCAGAUAGGAGUAGCAGAAGCAGGCAAAAAUUACGACGAUUUCACGAAAACAAUGAUUUGCGCUGCCCACCCAACCGAAAAAAAAGGAGGAGACGUGGUACGAACGUAA